GUGUAGAUCUAGAAGAGGCUGGAAAGGAGGGUGGAAAAAGCAGGGAGGUUAUGAGGCUUAAUAAAGAAGAUAUGCACUUAUUUGGCCAUUAUCCAGCUCAUGAUGAUUUCUAUCUUGUAGUGUGCAAUAUCUGCAAUCAGGUAGUCAAGCCACAGGUUUUCCAGUCACACUGCGAACGAAGACACGGUUCAAUGUGUAAACCUUCCCCUUCUCCAGCUUCUCCAGCCUGUAAUUCCAGGACAUCCCUAGUACAGAUGAAACCGAAAUCCUGUAUCAGCGGCCAUAACCCUGUCAGCAGCAACUCAAAGCCAUUCAAAACGCCCAAAGACAAUCUACUUACCUCCAGUAGCAAACAGCACACAGUUUUUCCUUCAAAAGUAUCACGGGAUAAACCAUG